AUGUCCGAUCAAUCGUACGUCGACAAUGUCAAGGAGAGCGCCAAGAACACCGGUCAUAUUAUCAAGGAGAACGCGCAGCACGCCGGCCAAACCGUCAAGGAAAAGGCGCUGGGAGUGUAUGAUAGCGCCGCGGAUAAAGCCGAAGUCCUGAAGCAAAAGGUGGUCGGGAAGAGCCACGAGGCCAAAGAGAAUGCGAACGAGACCUAUGAGAGUGCUACGGAGAAGGCCAAGGAGUUCAGAGUGGGUUUCUUUCUCAAGUUUUGGUUGAUCUUUAGGACAGGUAUACCUAAAACAACAUCUUGAUGUGAUGCUGCUGGAUUUAGACAACAGAGUUAUCUUAAAUGAUGUCUUCGCGCUCCGGCAGCUUGUUUUGAGGGGGUUUGCAUAUUUUCAAGGCAAAAAUUGCGUAGACGUUACCUAGAAUAAUAUAUUUUUUCUUCAGUUUUUUUGUUAGUUUUUUGAUCAGUUUUUCGUUGAAAAAGCUUUGAGAUUACUCCUACUUUAUCUUGAACCCACUCUUUUCACCAAAAAAUUUAAAAUCCCGCCUUCAAACAGCAGAUUUUGAUAUUACACUUGAUACCAAAAUUAUUUUUCAGGAGCAAGCCAGUGAGAAAGCCCACCAAGCCCGAGAUUUGGCCAACCAGAAGGCUGACGAGUACACCCAACGUGCUGAGGACAUCCGGGAACAGGCUCGUCAGAAGGUUCAGGAGCUCCGAGAGCAGGGCAACGAGAAAGCCGACGAAGCUUCCAACAAGGCGCACGAACUCAAAGAAAAGGCUGGUAAGUAGAUUUCGCCAUUGUUUUUUCUGUUUUUAGAACGAUUUGCACCGAUGUCGAAAUAGUUUCAUUGAAUUUUUACCUUAUUUUAGGUGAACGAAUCCACGCCGCCGGCGAAAACAUCAAAGCCCACUAA